GGCGUGGCCGCCGUGUCCAUUUUGCGGCGGGCCCGCGUGGUCGCAGUCCGCGGAGCAUUGUCUAGUUUUACAGUCAAACGUGGGGGAAAAACAAAAUUGGCUUUUCCCAGAGAAAUAGUAACCUUGCCGAAAACACCUGCUUGCCGGGGACAGAGGAUGUGAUGGAGCUGCUUGAAGAAGAUCUCACGUGCCCAAUUUGUUGCAGUUUGUUUGAUGAUCCCCGAGUUUUGCCCUGCUCACAUAACUUCUGCAAGAAAUGUUUAGAAGGGCUUCUAGAGGGGAACGUGCGGAGUUCAUUGUGGAGACCAUCUCCUUUCAAGUGUCCUACCUGCCGGAAGGAGACUUCAGCAACUGGGGUCAAUAGCCUGCAGGUUAAUUACUCCCUCAAGGGUAUUGUGGAGAAAUACAACAAAAUCAAGAUUUCUCCCAAAAUGCCAGUGUGCAAAGGACACUUGGGACAACCUCUCAACAUUUUCUGUGUAACUGAUAUGCAGCUCAUUUGUGGGAUCUGUGCUACCUGUGGCGACCACACUAAGCAUGUCUUCUCUUCUAUUGAAGAUGCCUAUGCUCAAGAAAGGGAUGCCUUCGAGUCCCUCUUUCAGAGUUUUGAGACUUGGCGCCGGGGAGAUGCUCUUUCCCGCUUGGAUACUUUGGAAACAAACAAAAGGAAAUCCUUACAGUUACUCACUAAAGAUUCUGAUAAAGUAAAGGAGUUUUUUGAGAAGUUACAACACACAUUGGAUCAAAAGAAGAAUGAAAUCCUGUCUGACUUUGAGACUAUGAAGCUUGCAGUUAUGCAGGCCUAUGAUCCAGAGAUCAACAAACUCAGCACUAUUUUGCAGGAGCAGCGGAUGGCCUUUAACAUUGCUGAGGCUUUCAAGGAUGUGUCAGAACCUAUUAUAUUUUUGCAACAGAUGCAGGAAUUCAGGGAGAAAAUCAAAGUAAUCAAGGAAACGCCUUUGCCACCCUCCAAUUUGCCCACAAGCCCUUUAAUGAAGAACUUUGAUACCAGCCAGUGGGAGAACAUUAAACUAGUCGAUGUGGAUAAGCUUUCUUUGCCUCAAGACACAGGCGUGUUCGUUAGCAAGAUUCCCUGGCGCUCCUACCAGCUGUUCAUGGUGGUGGCUCUGCUGGGUCUCCUCGUAUUCUGUGGUCCAACCCUAUUCCUGGCGUGGUCCCCAUUCGAUGAAUUGGCAGCUUGGAAAGACUACCUUUCAAGUGUCAGCUCUUACCUGACUAAGUCAGCUGACUUUGUAGAACAGUCAGUUUUUUUCUGGGAACAGAUGACGGAUGGGUUUUUCAUUUUUAGUGAAAGAGUCAGAAGUUUUGGUUUGGUGGCACUGAACACUGUGGCAGAAUUUGUGUGCAGAUAUAAACUGUAAAUCAACUACAAAGCUCUGUUUUUUGAUGGGAGUGUUAGAGAACACAGGAAUAACGCAGAUUUGGGCAAGAUUCCAGCCCGUUAUUUCUUUUAAAAGUAUUCCUUUGAUAAUGUCUUUUAUGUUAUUCAAACAUCACAUAAAACAGUGAAGUUUAGUAGUCCACCCUCCCCUUGCUUUGAACAGAGUCUAAAAUAAG